AAACAAAACACAGCUCAGCAGCUAUCCAGCAAGCACCAUCUGACAAGAUGGAAUCCUUAGAACAUUCAGGGACGUCAGUGGACACGUCUACCGAACAAGAAACCAAUCUCAUUGAACAACCCAAAACAGACAUGAAAGAACCAGAUGAUGAUUAUGGGAAGAUACAUGUUGAUGAGCAACCUUUGACCUCUGACCCAGGAAAGGAUGUUGAUGAGCAACCUUUGACCUCUGACCCUGGAAAGGAUGUUGAUGAGCAACCUUUGACCUCUGUUCCUGGAAAGGAUGUUGAGGAGCAACCUUUGACCUCUGACCCUGGAAAGGUUGAAACGGAACGGAUGGAUGCUGAUGAAAAGAAAGAAAGUUCACCGGCAGCAUCACCAGCAUUGCCAGAGAAUUGUCAAGAAUCUCCCACUGCUGUAGAAGAUGACGUUGGUAAAGAGAUAUCCUCUAUUGACAAAGAAAGUGUCACAGUUCAUCCAGUUGAUUCGGAAGAUGAACAACAACAACAACAAGAAAAGACUCUGGAUACUGGGGAGACAAAAACUCCAUCCAUGCAAGACACACAGAAAGACUCUAGUAAUCAGGAUGUUGAAAUAGUUGAUGAUUCCAGAAACCAGGAUGUUGAAAAAGUUGAUGACUCUAGUAGUCAGGAUAUUGCAAGUGUUGAUGACUCUAGUAACCAUGGUGUUGGAAAAGAGCCUGAGGAAGAAGGAAGUACUGAACAGAUUUCGGGAGAACCUUUGAAUUCAGAAAUUCUGCAGGAUCAUCCAUCAGAUGAAAUAACAGACAGUGAUGAAAACAAAAUCAGGAAUGAGGAAGAACAAAGCAAUGUAGAAAGUUUAGGAGCGAAGAAAUCGCUCCAAGAUAAAAAGGAUGACGUCCCUGAAGAGGUUGAGGUUCAUGGUGACAAAGACCCACAAGUAGAACUAGAGGAUGAUGUGGAAACACUCAGUGAUGUGGGAGAGAAAGAGGUCGACAAGAUUGAUGUUGAAAUAGUUAAGGAAGUAGGAGAAAUAACUCCAAGUGAAGAGAUACAAGAUACACCAGCAACUUUCCAGAAGGAUCAACAAGAUGAAAGCUCCAGGGAAGAACUUGAAACUGAAUCCACUGAAGGUAUCAAAGCAAAGGAUCUUGUAGAGGAAUGUGAAGAGGAACCGAUGGAGAUGGAUGAGGAAAAUGAACCUCGUACAGAGGGAUUGAAAGAUGAUAUUGAGGAGAUGGAAACAGAAGUUACAAAAUCUGAAUCUCCUGUACUUGUUGCUGAUGAGGACAAAGUGGCUGAUUCUGAAAAGAUGGAUGUAGACACUGAAGGAAAAGAGACUAGUGAUGAGGUUGUUGAUGACGUGAUAAUCUUAGAGGAUGAGACGAGCCAACAAGAGAACUUGCCUAAAUCCCUCCUUCUAGCAGAUACUCCGCUGGAUUCCUCCUCCAAGUCACCAUCUGUUGAUGAGUCCAUUAGUAAGUCACCAUUCCCUCUAGCUGGUGAGGAUUCCUUGAGUCAUGAUGCAUCUUCUAAAUCACCAAUCUCAUCUGAUAUAACCGGAGAUGGACAGACUAAGACAGGCUCAGCAGAGAAGAGAAGCAAAGGGGCAUCUAAGGGAUUCAGUCUAACCAACAUCGUCUCAAGGCUUAUGACUCAAGUGGAAUCAAAGCAAGAGGAUACGACAGAAACCAAGAAAGAAAGUGGAGACGCAGUUGUUGAGAAAAAGUCUAAACGAAGUGAGCAAAAAGAGCAAGGCAAACAGAUGAGAGCAGCAGCACAUGCAGAGCUGAUGAUGCUGAAAGAUGGAGAGUAUGUUGGUGAAGAUGAGGAAGAAGAUGAUGAUGAAGCAACGAGUAAAGAUGGUAAAGAUGAAGAGAAAGGAGAUGGUGAUGCUAAAGGAAUGAAGAAUUACGCCAUCAGCACAAUGGAUGAGCUGCUUGGUUUGUACGGAUAUGACAAAGUAGAGAGUGAUGAAGGAAUAGAGCUCAGUAGCAGUUUAACACAGAGUAAGAUUCCUAUCACUGGCAGUGUGACAAAACCAAACCAGAAGACAAAUCAAGGUCAUAAAUCACCUAUUGCUCCUGGAUUGGUCAUAUCGAAUGUUACUUCAAUUGCACCAGCGCAGAGUAACACAGAUAAAACUGUCAAGGAUUCACCAGUGAAAAAGAGCAACUACUGUACAGAGUGCAGCCUGCCAGUAGACACUGUCUCCAUGCUAGCUAUUGGGGAUCUCAACUUCUGCUCUCAGACCUGUGUAGAUAACUAUCAGAGUCGUCAGACUAAGGUUUGUGAUUACUGCUCUGGUCUGAUCACUGAAGCUGCUAGUAAUAAGUAUGUGAGGGAUACGCAAGAAGGAAGGAAGAAGUUCUGCUCUCAAGCCUGCACCGAGGAGUUCUCUAAACGAGUUCGACACUGCAACACUUGUGGCAAAGAGAUCUCUAAAGCAUCAGAAGGCAUCCUAGCUCCUGCAGGCUCAGAUGGGAAAUUUGUGGACUUCUGUCGGCAAGAAUGUGUAGAUAACUACGGCAAGAAUGUGGUCACACCCUCCUCCCAAGGAUUAAAUAAACUGGAAGGAGGUCAACCAAGAUAUUGGGCUCAAGAUACCUUCUUUGUUUGUGCGAUCUGUAACCAGUAUGCCAAGGCCAAGCAUGUCAUCAGCAUACAGGGGAAACUGAAUGGUUUAUGCUCUGUAGACUGUUUCAAUCAGUUCAAGGAGAAGAAUAAGUUACAGUUCUCGCUGUGUGGUCAAUGUAGCGCCCUCUGCUCCAACCAGAAGAUGAUGCGGAGUGUUGAGAUUGAGGGCAAACUUCGUCGAUUCUGUAGCAUGAGAUGCUUUAAAAUGAAAAUCAAACGCUCUAUGAGCACCAUCGCAUGUGCAGCUUGUAAGACUGCCUGUUCAUCUCAGAGUAUGAUUGAGGAAUGGAAUGGUACAGAGCUAGUUCGAUUCUUCUGCUCCACAUCAUGUCUUGGUAAAAGAGAAUUGAUCCCGUUCUCCACUUCGGCUCAGAAGGUUGCUGCUAACAUGCAAAAUGUGACUUUGCUUGAACCUAAACCCUCACCCAAACCAAUAGCCAAGCCAGCAGCCAAACCACUACCGCAGCUUCAAACAACACAACAAAAGCCGACACCAACCGCACAAGGGAAUACACGUGGUCAAUCCGGCAACAAGUGUGACCAUUGCUCUAAGCAACAGCGCCCUCAAUACCAUCUGACCAUGUCUGAUAACAGUAUUCGUAACUUCUGCUCCUAUGCCUGCGUGAUUGCAUUCCAAGCCCAGUUCAACGUUCCUCCAGUCACCUUACCACAGGAGGUUCUACAGCUGACCUGUAGCCAAUGCCAUCGGGGUUUCUCAAAUAAACCCCUGCCGUUGGAUUUUAAAUCGGUUAUUAACGUUUUCUGCUCUCAGAACUGCUUGGAUGAAUUCAAAAGGGUGAACUCUGUGGUCGUAGAAUGUGAUUAUUGUCAUCUAGAGAAGAUUCUACAUGAGAGGAUUUACUUCUCUGGUCAAGCUCGGAGCUUCUGCAGUGAAGGCUGCAAGUUACUAUUCAAGCAGCAGUUUGCCCAACGUUUAGGACUACGAUGUACCGUAUGCGAUUACUGUGCACAAACAUGCCGUAGUAAAGUGGAACGUAUGUAUGGCAACCAUAAGAAGAAGUUCUGCAGUGUGGCCUGUAAAUCACAGUAUGAUAAAUGGUUGAGCAAAGGUGCCAAAUGUGAUGGUUGUAAGUGCACUGGACGUAAGCUUGCAGAGAGCUUUGUAUGGCGUGGUGAAAUGAAGAGAGUUUGUAAUCAGCAUUGCCUCCUGUUAUUCUACACUCAGCAGAAUAUUCCUAAUAUGAGUACACAGACACAGGCUACAAUACCUGCUACACAGUAUACACAAAGUGCAACCAAAACGACUACACCUGUGAUAACUAACGUGAUGUCCUUAGCAGCUGCUCCACAGAAACAACAACCAACUGUCUUGUCUCAGAACAGCACUCAGAAAGCUGGCAUCUCAUCCUACAUCGUCAAGAAAUGCCACAAGCAAACACAGAUUACUACAGCUCCCCCUAAAGUACUUCCUCCUCCCCCACCACCGACACCUUUACCUCCAGCUCCUAAGAUCAUGAAGAAUAAAGUCACUCUUGUUAAACCUUACACUCAAACCAAAUCAAUCUCUUGCAGACCUCUUACUGCCACCAAGGAAACCAUGACUGAUGCUAUACUCCCGUUGAUAAUUCCAAUUCCUGUGCCGAUCUACGUCCCUGUACCAAUGCACAUGUACACACUACCAAUCCCUCAUCCCAUCACCCUACCUGUUCCUGUACCCAUACCAAUGUUUCUUCCCGUUGCCCAUAACAAUGCUGACCGGCUUCUUGAAACCAUUAAAGAAAUUCGUGAUAGGAUCCCAUCUGAUCCUUUAGAAGCAGAGUUAUUGAUGUUAGCUGAUGCAUUAGCAGUAGAUAAUGCUGGUUCUAAAUCCAGUCAGGCAUCAGAACAAGGAGAAGCGGCUUCUACUGACCUUUCUGCAUUAGAAGCUCUUGGUGGAGGAGAUGAGUUGAGUAGUAUGGCAUUGGAGGAUGCUGCAGACAUGAUGUCAUCGCAGUUCUUGUCUGAAAAUAUUCUUAAGAUGGCUGCCGAUAUGGCUCAAGUAAUGGAGGAGGUACCCAACAAUGAUCUGCAAGAUGAUUUGGAUAGUCUUUAUACCGUUGAAGAACCCAAAAUUGAUCUACCUCCCCCAACUACUCGCUCCAAAGCCAAACCUAGUGGGCGACGUGGACGUAGCCGUGGAAACAAGAAAGCCUGUCUCGAGGAGGAACCCGUCCCGGUGGAAGUUGAGAAGCCAGUUGUUGAGUUGAAGAAAAGCAAAGAGGAUGCUCGGACCAGCAUUGGCUUGAAUGCAUACAGCCACUUCAUCACCACAAAGAAAACGGAGAUGUCAGAUAAGCCGGGCUUAACAUGGAAUCAAGAUAUCUUAGAGAUCAGUAUGGAUGAGCUAGCGUAUAUACUGUGCUUGAUGUGUAAAGAAGCUUCACAGCCAGAUGGAUCUAAGUAUCCACCAGACAUCUUACAUCUAAUCUUCCUCUCAAUUCAACAUUAUCUCUCAAACAGCGGUCGUCCAGACAAUAUCUUCACUGAUGAGAUUUACCAUCGCUUUACUGAUCUCCUACAUGAAGAGAUUAAACACUGGAAGAUUAACAUUGAUCCUUUAAGCAGUGUGAUCUUAAACUCCCGUAUAAAUGAGGAGACGUUAUGGAAUGCUAAACAGUUGGGGGCGCACUCUCCGUACAUUCUCCUCAGCACGUUGAUUUACUUCAACGCUAAGCAUUUCCAGUUGAAGACCAUUGAGAAUCACAAAGCGUUGGCAUUCUGCCGUAUUCAGAAGCAUAUUCGUAAGAUGGGAUCAGGUCGCGCUAUGUUCUUGAGAUACUACCCUGGAGCAGGCAAGAAGGUUGGAUCCUCAGAAACUGGAGGCAAGAGGAAACGUGAUAAAGACAGUGAUGCAGAAAUGGUUCGACUGGAGCAGACAGAGAAUGUAGUGAACCCACUAAGAUGUCCAGUCAGACUCUAUGAAUUCUAUCUCUCUAAAUGCCCUGACUCAGUGCGUAGUAACACUGAUCUAUUCUACCUUGUACCGGAGCGAUCCUGUGUUCCAGACAGCCCAGUAUGGUACUCCAGUGCACCUCUUGGUCAACAUGAUAUGAAUAAGAUCUUGACUCGUAUCUUGAUGGUGACUGAUAUUCAUGAUACUUGGGCAGAGGCAAGUGAUGACCUUGAUGACUAGAGAGCAGGUCACCUAUCAGUUGAUUGGCUGAGGGUCAACCAAUCAGAUGGUAGUCAACUUGGAAGAUCGUUUGUUUAAUUUUACUAAAUGGAUUAUAGAUAUCUAUCACAGGACCUUAGUCAACAUGGUUCAGAUUGGCUUUUGAUAUCUUCAAUUUAGUGCUUGCAGACAGAGGUAAUCCUUAACGAGGGCAUUUUGAAAUUAGGAAACAUUUAACAUUUGUGUUGAACAAGACAGAUUUUCAAUAACAGAAAAACAAAAAGCCUACAGCAGAUGGCAUCUUAAAGAAGAUGAUACUUCAAUAGUAAGCAAGAAGAUAUCUUAGGCUUUGGCUUUAGGCUCUAUCCGGUUGUGUGAUAAUGUAGUGAGCUAGAAAGUGUCUCGGGCGCUAUUGCAAUCCACAGCAUCAUAUUUGGCUCUGUCUUAAACCCAUUCCAGACAAGUGCUCUAGAGCCGUCCCAAACCAAAUAGACUAGGUGGAACUCUUGGUCAAUCCAAAUAAGUUUUAUUUUCAGACAGGCAAACUGAAUGUAUUGGCAGGAGAUAUAAACAAUGCACCAAAUAUUAAUAGCAGGACACUUUUCAUAUGUUGCUGAACAUGCUUUAUUUUGAUAAAAAAAAACGUGCUUAGUACCAUGGUAAUAGGGUGUUCCAUCCUACUAUUUGUAUUAUCAACAGGGUCAACAAAAGACGAUCGUUUUGGCGUAAAAAAAAAAGGAAAAAGGUUUUUGUUUUAAGGUGUAGUUGACAGUAUGGGAGCCAUAUAAAAGCCCCAUGUUAGCGGAUUGGAGAAGAAUGCCCUAAAUUAAAGCAUUAUUAAGCUACAUUUCUCCUACUGUACAUUAAAAUACAUUUUGCAUUAGGUUCGGCUCACGACAGAAUCAACAUCUUGAACCAAUCUGCUCCAGAGUCAUUCCGAACGGCUGAGAUUGGGCUUAGUUGUGUCGACCCUUAGAGACAUUUCUUAAAAACCAAACAUGUUGAAACAAGAAUUGUAAAUUUUAUUAUUGUCAAUUAGUAAUACCUCAUUCUCUUUUAGUGUAAAAGGCUGCUAAACGUAAGCUGCUUAAAUUUGAAUUCCUUAGACUAUGGAGGCUAUGUCAAAAUGGUUCAGGGCAAGCUUUGUAUAGCAACCUCCAGAUAAGCAAACCCUGAUACCAUUGUGCCAUACACAUUCAUUCACAAUUGUGUAUGGGUGUUCUUUAGUAACUCUGCAAAAGUUUGUCCUAAAUCAUAAGACUGUCUCACAGUCUCUAUAGUCUGAGGAAAUCAAAUUUAGCGAUUACUUGUGACCAAGCAAGUCAUUGUACCAUACAUUAUUCAAAACUAACUCACAAACUGCUUAUUGCUGGCUACAGUUGACAUAAGCAUGUGUUAAAGUAUAGAAGGCCCAUACCUUAGCAACAGCCACAGCCGAUAAGGCGGAUGCGGCUUCAAGUUUAAAGUGCAUUUGUACAUUUUGUAAAUGAGGAGUUUUUCUUCUGUGUUGUCUCCUGUAAGCCACAAUUUUUGAUCUGUUUCAUUGGAGAGCUGUCAACAUUUUUAUUGUAAGGGCUUAAGGCUAACCAUCUAUGCUUAUUUCACUAACUGUUCUAUGGUUUGAUUAAUGAAUGAAUUAAUUGUGAAUCACUUGAUACAAACUGAUGUUUAUAGUGGACACAUCAGUGAACCCAAAACAAUGGGAUGACCUUCAUGGGUACAAGUUUGAGUUGUGCUAAAUUCUUUUAUAUUUUGACAUUUUGAUUUUCUUAGUAUUCUAGUUGCUUUUAUUAUGCUUUUUGACCAUGGACCCAUCUUUGUGUCGUCAGUCAUACUCUUGUAUUCUGUACAGUGUUUUCACUUUUUUUCUGACCAAUUUUCUUCAAGAAGUUCAGCUUAAAAAUGCAGGAUUUGUAAAUGUGCUACUGGUUCAAAAUAUACUUGGAAUCACUACAGUUGCGGAGACUGGUAAUGUAUUAAAGGUAACUUUGAAGAAGUAUUGAUACUCUUUAUAUAGACUUCAUAUACGUAGGUUCAUCACACAGCUAAACCAAGGGUCUUAUCUUAGGGGUGAAAGUUCAUGAAAGAUGUGCAUGUGUAUUACUGUUUGAAACCGUACUCAAUUGCCACUCCCAAGAGGGAGCAGAAGAGAGGAUUGUUCCACAGUACUUACAGGCAAAUAAUAACUGCAUUUAAUGCAAAGGCAGGCCUGUUUGCCCUGGCUUCUGUUUGCCCUGGCCUUGGUGCCCCUUAAGACAUUUCCUGUAGACUUGUAAGAUUUCAAUGGAAGUGACCUUUGCAAAAUGAUAAUGGCCUUGCCCUCUUAAAGAUGAAUUUCCAGGUGUGCCAAAGGAACACUUCGGUGUCGGGGCCUUAUUACACAGGGCAGUUUCUUUAGAAGCUUAGAGGCAAACUGCACUUUAUGAAAGAGCAACUUUUCCGUAGCACAGCAUUUUUUUAAACAAUGACUCGCAAAACUGCAAAGAAAAUGAUGUGAAAAUUUAAACAUGAAUGCCCUUUUCUUCUUAGAGAUGGCCUGGAAAUAGUUGCCUGUAAAUUGCCUCAUGUGACAUGGGCCACAGUUCCUCACACUCCCCAAAACAAUUGAAGCAUGAAGCGUUUUCAAUCUUUGAGAUCGCCAAGAACUGGUUGCCUGUAAAUUGUUUUUUACUGCAAAGCUUCUGUGUAUAUUAUGCCCAGGUUCGCAGUUGUAUCUGUAGUUAGUUCUUGUACAUGGUUAUUGUUUACAAUAAGGUUUUUUUUUUACCAAUAGCUCAUCAAGAAGAUGUAUAUUAAGUUAAGCUAAACCCAUUAAAUUAUUUAAGGGAUAGAUGAUUUUUUCAGUACUUGAUGAAACAGACAUAAUUGUAAGAAUUUAGUGUAAUUGAGUAACCAAAUUGAAAUGCCCUGCAUUGUAAAAACUAGUUAUUUUACUUAGUAAUGAUUUGUGAGUUCAUGUGUUAGAUUAGGCGAAAUGCAAAGACUAUAAAAAUACUUCAUACCUUGUAUCCUUAUUUUUGGUUUGUUUUACUUAAUGUUUGUCAAUUUCCACCUGCUCUGGAACAUCAUAGAUCAUUAAAAAUUUAGCAUGUCAUAAAA